UGAACAGCGUCAGUCUCUCGUCAGCUGCCAAAGGUGUCGCAGGUGGACUGCACUGCGUCUCUUCAGGCCCUUCAAACAGAACAGCACAUUUUCGUACAACCAUCGGCCUUGUUAUUUCUUCUUUUUUUAAUUGUAACGUUUAUCAGACUUAAAAAAAAAAAAAGGGGUGCGGUUAUUACGUGUGUCUGAUUUGAAGUGUUGUCGGUAAUUAACGGGAUUCAGCCUCGUGCGUGAUUACGGUGUACAAAAAAAAAACCAGGAAAUGUCAGGGUUGUCAGGUGCAUCACGUUGGAAGGGAAUCUACUUAAUUAUCGGCCUUAUUGUAAUGGCUGAAUUGGUGAUAGUCAGCGGCCGUGGUCACAUUGAUUAUCAAUCUUCGUUCGGACCUAAAGAACGCAGAAAACGACAAGUUGGGCAAACUGACGCGUUCAGUUUACUUUCUUCGCUGAGCCGGCCAGCUGCCGGACCUUCGUCUACAGUCGCUCCGGGCGGAAGUGCUAGCGGGAAGCAGUUGGAGCUCGGCAACAACGCGUUCGGUGGCCUGAUUGGUGGCAUUUUCAAUCAAGCGUUGAGCAAUUUCGCCCGACCGACUCAAAACGGAGGAGUCAAUAUCGAUCUGGGUGCGCUGGCCAAUCCGCAAACGUGGACCAAUUUCGGUGGCAAUAACGGCGCUACCUUCCAGCCGGCCAAUCCGCCAGGAGGCGACGUCAGUUUCCCCGGAACGAGACCCAACAACUUCUUCCCGCCGGGCAAUCCAGACUUUUGUCGCCAACGUCCCAAUCAUCGACGAUGUCGGCCAGGAGGCGGACCCGGAAACGGGCAAGGUCGUCCAACUCAGGCUGUCAACUUACCUGACGAACUCAAAGGAAUCACGUGGGCUCAAUAUAUCGACAGUUCGUCAAUGCUGUGGCUCCCGUACGACAUGAACGUACCAGGAUUCAUUCCCGGCCGGGCUUACUAUUUAGGAUUCGGCAACCCGGAUUUUGCAUACCAGACGUGUUUCACUCCUCUGAGACAGACGGGUCGUUGUCGGUUUGUGCAGCAUUGUGCCCGGCCCGAAAUCAUUGCCUCGUUGAGUUCAUUCCUCAGUUAUGCCUGUCCCAUCGGCAGCGAUUAUAUGGGAGUGUGUUGUCCAGACAAUACGCAGCCAACCGUCCUUACCACUCAACCUCCGCCCCCGCCUCCACCUACACUCGCCCCAGUGACCACGACAGCCGAGCCUCUAACCACGACCACCAUCGCAGCGCCACCACCUACCACGGUUGUCGCAACUGUGCCCAGCACCACAGUAACAACGGUUAAAAAAGGUUGCGGUGAACUGAUGAAACAAACGACGAGGAUCGUUGGCGGUGUGCCGGCCGAUAAAGGUGAAUGGCCAUGGAUGGCCGCUUUGCUUCGCGACAAGACGGACCAGUAUUGUGGAGGAGUUCUCAUCACUGACCAGCACAUUCUGACGGCCUCCCACUGUGUUGACAAUUUCAAACCGGAGGAAUUGACGGUGCGACUGGGCGAAUACGACUUUUCUCAGGUGAGCGAAACUCGUCGUGAUUUCGCGGCGGAGACGAUUUACAUGCACGAAUCGUACGAUCGCAGGACGUACAAGAACGAUAUAGCUCUCAUCAAACUGAAAACGAAAGCCACUUUCAACGACGAUAUUUGGCCCAUUUGUUUGCCACCGUCCAAUAUCGUCCUCGAGGGUCAAAGCGCCUUCGUCACAGGAUGGGGCACAACUUCGUACAGUGGCCAGUCUAGCGACAUUCUUUUGGAAGUGAUCCUGCCCAUUUGGGCGCUGGCCGAUUGUCAGAAAUCUUAUACUCAGCCCAUCAGCGAACAGCAGCUGUGCGCCGGAUACAAAGCAGGUGGCAAGGAUUCUUGUCAGGGUGAUUCCGGCGGACCGUUGAUGUAUCAAAUGUCUACGGGUCGAUGGGCCGUAGUGGGCAUCGUUUCUUGGGGUAUCCGUUGCGCCGAGAAAGACAAACCGGGCGUUUAUACUCGCGUGACUUCCUAUUCCGACUGGAUCAAAGCCAAAGUGUUGGCUUAAAUUCGAACACGCAACGGCCUACUACUUACAAACUAUAUGCAUUUAGAGCAUCGUGAAUGUUUCGGCUUUGACUUUGUUUUUCUUUUCAAAUUUUUGUCUUAAAAAAUCAUCGAAAUCGGAGGGGGAAGGGGGGAACUUUCUUCUGUCAAAUUUCUGAUUGAAUCGAACUGCACAAAACUCGCAACAAUAUCGAAAUCGCCUUCAAUGCAUUUACAAAUGGUUCAUCCGUGGCGAAGAAUGUGUUGCCACCACAUUCUUCGUUUAUUUGCUUAUCUCUCUCUUCUUUUUUUUUAAAUAAUUAUUAUUCUUUAUAUUAUAUACGUAUACACGCAACGAAAAUCUGCAUCGUGUCAAACCAGUUUGUAUAACAAAAGUUUCCAUUGCUCGUGAAAAUUACAUCAUUGUUGUUGUUGCCAAA